GGACACUUGAGUUAAUGUCAUCGGUCCGUAUAUAAGUGCAAGUCCAUCUCUGUCCAAGUAUCAUUCGCCCAACAGCAGCUUGUAAAGCCAUACAAACUUCUUUCAACUCUUCAACCAACCAAACCAACCAAAUACCAAAAAUGAACGCCAUCAUGAAAAUUACAUUAGCCGCCGUCGCAGUGUUCGCAUCCGCCAUGAUGACCGCUUCUGCCAAACCCGCCGGACUCGUGCCCGCCGCCGCCGUCGCUCCGGUGGCCGUUGCAGCGCCGUACGCCAGCUCGUUCACUUCACACAGCGUGGCCCAUAGCGUGGCCACUCCAGUCGUGCCAGCCGCCCCAGUCGUAGCCGCCGCCCCAUACGCCGCAGCGCCCUACGUCGCAGCACCUUACGCGUCAGCCCCUUACGUCGCUGCAUCACCUUACGUCGCGGCAUCACCUUACGUCGCCGCACCUUACGCAGCUUCCCCUUACGGUUACUACCCGUACGCAGCUCCGGCUUACCUGUAAAGGCUGCCCCCCGAGCGACGACCACCACAAAACAGUCGACCACGAUGACGGACGACCGCAACGACGAGGUCACAAACAACGCCACUGAUUCUUUUCAUUCUUGUAUAAUUCUAUCGCAUUAUAAUAACAAUAUCAUACGGUCGAUAUAGUAUUAUUAUAUAAUUCAUAAUAAAGAAAAAAAAACAUGUAAACGUUACCGCAAUACGAAAACAAUGCGUAUCGCGUGUGUAAACGCUAAAUGUAAUAUAAUACGUACGAGUACAAUAAAACAUUAUGUAAAUUUAAUAA